CCCAUGAUAUGACUCUUGACAUCUUUCGGUGUUUAAGUGUAAAAGAUCUUUUACGCUUUAAAUGCGUUUCAAAGUUCUGGUGUUCUUGGAUCGAGGAUCAAAAUUUCAUCAAACUUCACCUCUCCGAUUCCCUCAAAACCAAUAUCAAUCGCUCCCUUAUUCUCCAUCACGGUAGGUACGAGAUCUUCUCCGUCAACUACGACUCACCCAAAACAACUCGAAGACUCGAGCAGCCUGAACAAAACAAAAACAUUCAAAUAUUGGGUUCUUGCAAUGGUUUGCUGGCUGUAGAAGAACAGAACGGUAGAAUAUUACUAUGGAACCCUUCAACGAGACACUACCAGGUAUUACCUAAUUCGACUGAAAUAGAGUUUUCACCUCCACCGAUAUUCUAUUACCAUUCAACUUAUUCCGGAUUUGGGUACGAUCCCGUUUCUGAUGACUACAAAUUGGUUCGAAUUGUCCAAUUACUUGGAACAUAUGAAGAAUAUCUUCAUUCUGAAGCUAAGGUUUACAGCUUGAGGAGCAAUUCUUGGAGAACGAUUAAAGAUUUCUGCUUUUAUUUUAUUUCCGAACGACAAGUAGGGGUUGUGGCUAACAAUGUUUUACAUUUGUUGGCUUUUAAAAUUCCCGAAUCGUGUAAUAGAAGCUCUGUUGAUUUAGAUUUGUUCGCUUAUAAAAAUCCCGAAUCGAGUUAUAAACACCUUGUUGGUUUUGAUCUUCGGAGCGAGAAACUCAGUUUAGUUGAAUUGCCGGAUUUUUGUUUAGAUGUGGAAGCCAAUGUCGACGUAAAAGCCGUGGGAGGUUACCUCUGUUUGACUGCAUCUCAUAGGGACAUGUUUGUUGCGGGUGAUGUAUGGAUAAUGAAGGAAUAUGGGGUUAAAGAAUCUUGGGUUAAAUUGAUGUCGUCUACCCUAUUUGACUUUUUUCCAGGUUCUCCAUUUGUAGUACCUUUGGCUAUUUCAAAAAAUGGUAACAAAGUAUUAUUCCACAAGAAAAGCUGUAAGGGCAACAUGGAGAGGGACAGUCUUGUGUGGUAUGAUUUGGGAAGCAACAGGGUUGAGAAGGUUGGGAUUGAAGGUGUUCCACCUCACUAUGAUGUGUACUUGUAUGUUGAGAGCCUUGUCCCUCUUAAAGAAAGCUGGCGCCCCAGAGCUCGAGACAAAAUUUUAGGCCCGUUUUCUAAGCUUGAGCUUGUCCCGAAAUAUGGGCCUAAAAAAUUAUCCAAGCCCGGCCGGAAAAAGAAUUACUAUGCCCGAGCCUGGCAUGACCCGGCCCAUAUAUUUGAAUGACAGUUCAAGAAAAACGUAAUUCUACAUCAAAAAAGUAGAUUUGUCUAAAAUACUUUACUUGAUGUUAAAAUAGGAGAAAAGAUAUGAGGGUUUCUCGAUUACUUUAUGAGUAUGGUAUUAUUAUUUUUAUGUAUUGGAGGAUG